GGGCGGGGCCGGGCCUAUUGAGACUGCAGAGCGGCGGGCGCCGCGAGGGCCGGAAAGAUGGCGGUCCUCGCCCCUCUGAUUGCUUUGGUGUACUCGGUGCCGCGGUUGUCACGAUGGCUGGCCCGGCCUUAUUGCCUCCUGUCAGCGCUGCUCUCUGCCGCCUUCCUACUCGUGAGGAAACUGCCGCCCCUCUGCAACGGUCUACCCACCCAGCGCGAAGACGGCAACCCGUGCGACUUUGACUGGAGGGAGGUGGAGAUCCUCAUGUUCCUCAGUGCCAUUGUGAUGAUGAAGAACCGUAGGUCCAUCACCGUGGAGCAGCACGUGGGCAACAUCUUCAUGUUCAGCAAGGUGGCCAAUGCCAUCCUGUUCUUUCGCCUGGACAUCCGCAUGGGGCUGCUGUACCUCACACUGUGCAUAGUGUUCCUGAUGACCUGCAAGCCCCCACUGUACCUGGGCCCUGAGUACAUCAAGUACUUCAACGACAAGACCAUUGAUGAGGAGCUGGAGCGGGACAGGAGGGUCACCUGGCUGGUGGAGUUCUUUGCCAACUGGUCCAGUGACUGCCAGUCGUUUGCUCCCAUCUAUGCGGACCUCUCCCUCAAGUACAACUGCCCAGGGCUGAGUUUCGGGAAGGUGGAUGUGGGCCGCUACACGGACGUCAGCACACGGUACAGGGUGAGCACGUCACCCCUCACCAAGCAGCUGCCUACGCUCAUCCUGUUCCAAGGCGGCAAGGAGGUCAUGCGGCGGCCGCAGAUUGACAAGAAAGGGCGUGCUGUCUCCUGGACCUUCUCUGAGGAGAACGUGAUCCGCGAAUUCAACCUGAACGAGCUGUACCAGCGGGCUAGGAAGGUGGCCAGGGCUGGCGACAGCACAGUUGAACAGCGGCCCUCGGGCCCAGAGGGGGAAGAUAAGAAAGUCAAAUAGGACCCCGUCAGCGUCCAGUGCCCGGCGCCCCCUCGAGGCAUGAGCUGGCCCGGCCCUGGGGCUGCGCGAGUGGGGACCUCGUGAAUUGGACGCAGGCUCGGGCCGGAGUUGCGGUCUCCUCCCGGCACUGGGGCGCUUGGCCCUUCUAUCCGGGGCUGCUUUCGCUGGAAAACGGUCUAAUGGAGCCGGGCAGCAGGGCGCCCGUCCCGGGAGACGCAGACACUUGAAGCCUCCUGCAUCGGGGAGGCGGCAGGGAGACCCCGCGUUGUGCAAUAAAGACACCCGCUCCUCUCGA